UGCUUCCUACCACAUCAGUAUUUAAUCUUGCACAGGAGUAGUAAGUUGAGGUAUUUAAUAUGAACUUUAAUUGCAUCAGAUGAAAUUUCACAGAUUAGGUUAUCUCUAUAUAUACCACAUGCAAUAAACUGUGAAAAAUAUACCAAAACACAUCAACUGCAUCCAAAGGCAAAAUGUCUUCACGCUAUGCAGCUCUUGCAAACCUCAAAACAGGAGUUGAUAACUACAAGAUAAAAGUUCGAGUCAUACGCAAAUGGAGAGGAGCGACGAAAGCUGGAGAAGAAUUCAAAAACUUCAACAUCCUGCUGCUAGACAACAAGGUUAGUACAAUCAAACUGCAAUUAAAUUUGUAUGAUUUAACAAAUGAAGUUGUGCUCUAAGUACCAGAACAGAUUACUACUAAAUUGCAUAUUUUGCAGAACAAUACAAUACAUGCUUUCGUACCAACAACCUGUGCCUAUGACUUGGAAAGGCAGAUCAUAGUUGGAAGCAUCAAUAUUAUUACAGGUUUUAUUGUACAGGACUACAAAAAAACAGACAAGUUUAGGGUUGUGCGGAGGGAUAAUCAGCUUAUUUUCACAACAGACACAAAGAUCCAGCAAAUCGAAGAAACUGCAGCACAAAUUGCAACUGAGAUCUUUGACUUUUAUGAUCUCAGUGAACUUAAGAACUACAUGACUGAAACAACUUAUGUCAUUGAUGUUGUCGGUGUUAUUAAGGAUCAUAAGAUUCUUCUUGAACAAAUUACGAAUAGGCAUGGAAUUCAACAGGAACAAGCUAAGUUUGUUAUAUCUGAUGGAAGAACAAAUGUGAAUGUAACGUUUUGGGAUAAAUAUGCACAAGUUUUUGUGGAAGCUAUUUGGAAAAAAAUGGAGACUCCAGUCAUUAUUAUUCUUGCAGGAUGCAGAGUGCAAAUGUGGAGCAAUGCUCCAAAUGUCACACAUGUUGCACCAACAACAUUCUACUUAAAUCUUAACCAUCACAGUGUCAACCAGCUGAGGAGGAUGUAAGAAACAGUUUGAGUCACAGCUGAUGCAGACAUUAUCAGUCAAAAAAUUGAAAAAUAAUUAUCCAAUUCCAUAUGUAGGUUAGCUAUACCUGAUUUCUCAAA